AUGACACGUAAUGCACAUUCUUUUACAAGUCAAGAACGCAGAGAAGCAGAUGCUGCCCGAAAACGUAGAAAUAGAGCCAUGGAAACUCUGCACAAAUUCGCCCUUAAAUUCUCUGAAGAUACGGAUUUACCUACAGAAAGUCCAGAAAUGUGCUGUUCCAAUGGAAAGGUAGUGUUGAUGGAACCUACUAUUCCACCACUUUUGUACCAUCUCUUUACCAGUCAGGAUGAUAUUGCAAAGAAUUUUCAUGACAAAAUUCGUUUUUACAAUUCGGCAUUUACCUUUGCUUCCGUUGGUAUCAGGUUUGAUCGCGAGCUCACUAAUGCAAAGAACGGCAUCUAUACUUUUUGUGUUCAAGGUUCAUUUUAUCACCGGAUUGGUUCGCUACUACCAGAGGCAAGAUCUAAUCCCCACUACUUACAGAUGUAUAUCUAUGAUACCCAACAUGAACUACACCAUCGAACGAAUGCCAUCCCUAAUUCAAAUCUCAACCCUGCUAUUGUCGAAGACAUAAAAGCCAUACUUGAUGAAGUGAACCCCUAUUCUAUUAACUUUCGAUACAUUUCUAAUUUUCCUGAAGAAGAUAUCAAAAAUCUAUCGAUGCUUAUUCAUACAAACAUUCCUGGACUUGACCAAAGGACCCAUAAUGUCCCAACGGCUCCUCAGGUAGCGGCAAUCUGGAUCAACGAUGAUGUGCCUCCCGGUGCGAUUCAGAAACGCGACAUUCUAUUACGUACACGAAUUAAUCAGCUGAUUCAUAUCUCUAAGUUCAGUGGGUGCUACGAUCCUUUGGCCUAUCCACUUCUAUUUCCUCAUGGCGAGCAAGGAUGGAUUCCUCAACAAAUACCAUACAGAAAUGUCCCUCUACCUAAGACAAUUAACAUUAAUGAAUAUCCUAAUAGCAGAGAUAGUGACGAUCUAAUAUAUGAAAAUAGCAAUACCAGUACAACACGACACAGGAAAUUUGUAAGUGCGAUGGAAUAUUAUGCGUAUCGGAUUCAAAUUCGGCUUCGCUCCACCAAUAUACUUUUACAUGCAGGACGACUUUUCCAACAAUAUGUGGUUGAUAU